UGCAUACAAAAGUCUAAAAGGUCAUUUCCUUGAAAAAAGAGAAGAAAAAUCGGAAAAAAGUCAACAACUUAAUUUCAGUAGAAUCCGACGUGGAAAGAAAACGCCUCAAGGAAGCUGGUUUGUACAAGGAUAGGGAGAGAGAGAGAAUUUCCGACAAGCUCUCUUUUUAAGACAAUCAAUCUCUUUCUUCAAACUAAGCCCCGACCAAAAGCUAACUCAUUGCUUAAUUAGAUUCCCUCAUGGAAGAGUAACCUAAACCCUUUCUCUCUCUCUCUCCCUAAAAGCAAUCUGCCUCUUUUUUUCCCUUUUUCCCUUUCCGAGCAGAUCUGAGCCGAAGGUUAACUACAUGACCGGCGUUGAGAACGGCGUGAGAAUGACGUCACCAGAGACGUCUUCAACAUCCUCCCUCGCCACCACAAGUGUCCACGUAAGUGCUCUCGACGGACUCGUGAACGUGAACUCUCUCUUCACCAUCGCCGUCUUCGUAGGUCUUUCGUUAGCGACUCCAGGACAACACAGCCUCGAACAACGAUCCAGCUGCGAUGCAAGUGCUGACGUGGCCAAGAAGCUACUGGUCUUCGAAGUCGUCUCCUUCAGCUUCUUCCUCUUCUCCUCUCUCGUAGCUCAGGGUCUUAAGCUUGCCUUAAACCUUCUUAAUAGCAAAGACGUCAACGAGAUUUUCAGAGCUCACAUCAAUAUCAAGGUUUUGAGAUGGGGAAUGAUGGCUUCUGCUGUCGGAUCUGUCAUGGGCUGUCUCUUCUUGAUGCUCUCUAUGGUUAAUGUGAUUCAGAUCCGUCUUGGUUUGCUCUCUUGCGGCAGCAAAUCGGCUGCUCAAGCGGUUGCAACGCUCGUCACUCUGGUUUCCUCUGCUCUGCUGAUUUACAUCUCUACCGCCAUUUACGCUUUCUGGCAUUGAUACUGCUGAAUCAACUCCUGUCAAAAUUGGAUAAUGAUGUGAAAUGUUCCCAAGUCCAUGGCUUUAUUUUGAUUAGCCAAUGUGUAAUUUCAUCAUCAAUGCCUUUCAAUCUUGUUUUCUUCUUUGUUUGUUUCGGAGAAUGAAGAAUCAAUCACAAGAGAAAAAAACAUUGGAUUAAGAAAAUUUGAUGUUAAGCUUUUAUGAACAGAAAUGAAGCAUUAUGUUUGCUGUUUA